GGGAAAUAACUUAAGUCUUCAACUGGAGUGGACAACAGAGGAGAAAUGAAGGUGGUAACGUGUGAGAUUGCAUGGCACAAUAAGGAGCCAGUGUACAGUCUGGACUUUCAGCACAGCUCUGAUGGACGCAUUCAUCGACUGGCCACGGCUGGAGUAGACACCACCGUCAGGCUGUGGAGGGUAGACGUGGGUGCAGAUGGAAAGGCAGCGGUGGAUUUUCUGUCUAAUCUGGCUAGACACACCAAGGCUGUCAAUGUCGUGCGCUUUAGCCCUAAUGGAGAGCUGCUUGCCUCAGGAGGAGAUGAUGCAGCAAUUCUGCUGUGGAAGCUCAAUGACUCGAAGGAGCCUGAGCAAGCACCUGUGUUUCAGGAGGAUGAAGAUGCUCAGCUCAACAAGGAGAGCUGGUCUGUGGUCAAGACACUUAGGGGACACAUAGAAGAUGUGUAUGACAUCUCCUGGACACGGGAUGGAAACUUCAUGGUGUCUGGGUCUGUCGACAAUACUGCUAUUAUGUGGGACAUCAACAAAGGACAGAAGUUGUGUAUCUUGAAUGACCAUAAGAGCUACGUGCAGGGGGUGACCUGGGAUCCUCUGGGGCAAUAUGUUGCCACUCUCAGCUGUGACAGGGUAAUGCGUGUGUACAGCACUCACACCAAGAAGAAGGCUUUCUGUAUCAGUAAAAUGAGUUCUCUACCACUGGCAGAGGGAGAGGUCAAGCAGUAUAGAAUCUUCCACGAUGACAGUAUGAGGUCGUUCUUCCGACGUCUUUCAUUCACACCGGAUGGGUCUUUCCUGCUUGCCCCAGCUGGAUGUGUGGAGAUUGGAGAAAAUGUCAUAAAUACCACCUACAUCUUUUCCAGGAAGGGCCUCAAGAGGCCUAUCGCCCACUUGCCAUGUCCAACUAAAGCCACGCUGGCUGUGCGUUGCUGCCCUGUCUACUUUGAAUUGAGAACCAAGAAAGGAGAAGAUGGCUCCGUCCAAGCUCUUCCCAACGUAUUCCAGUUGCCGUACCGUAUGGUGUUUGCAGUGGCAUCAGAGGACUCCAUCUUCUUGUAUGACACUCAGCAGACCCUUCCUUUCGGCCUGGUGUCAAACAUUCACUACCACACACUCAGUGAUCUUACAUGGUCUCGUGAUGGUUCCUUCCUGGCGGUGUCCUCCACAGACGGUUACUGUUCCUUCCUGUCCUUCUCUCCUGGAGAGCUGGGCACUCCACUGAAGGAGCCCCCCACAUUGGAGGUCUUUGUCCCAAACAGUGGUGUUGAGAAAAAGGGCAAGAAAUCAUCAGCGGGCAGGACAUCGUCCCCUGUGUCCCAGCCAUCAAGCUCAGCCCCGACUCUCACAUCCCAAACCAGCCUCGGCAAAGAUGCCCCCUCUGUCACCCCCCCAGAGGAGAAGAAGAACACCCCCACUGCCAAGUCUAAAUCUCAGCCCCGUAGGAUCACCCUCAACACCCUAGAGGGUUGGGGGAAGCCCACUUCCACCAAAACCACCGCUCCCUCAGCACCUCAGACCCCAACAUGUGGAAGCACAAGCGCUCCAUCAACUCCCCAACCACAGAUUGCCCCCCUCACCCCCACCAGCUCCUCCAAAUCCCAGCUACGCAUCACCCCCCUCACUCCCUCCACCCCUAAAGUCCUCAACAGUGCUAAUACUGCUGGGCCCACUACUCCUAAGGGGACAACCACCCCAAAGGGGCCUACCCCAAGGAGAGUAUCUUUGACUCCCGUUGCAUCCAGAUCUGCAGCUGCUGGUUCACUCUUCAGGACUCCGUCCUCCACUGAAAAGGCCAAACAUGAACGUCCUUCUCCUCCCACUGAUCCAGUGUGCCAGCCUCCAGAAUCAAAACGGCCCAAGACCAGUGAUCCCCCCGCAAAGACCGGUGUCAGCCAGGACUAGUGUUUACUCAGAACAGUGUGGUGCUACAUCAGAAAACAGAGAAGCUUCAGGACAAAACCACUGAGGCUCCCAAUGGAUUUAAUUCCAGAGUGCAUAGCCGUGUGUUUGGCUUUGAUACGUCUGUGCUUGAUUUAACUAGAUGAAGCUUGAACCUCACGUCAUGUAUUCUGUUAUAAAACAAACAAACUGCAUUGCAGUAGGUGCCCUGGAGAUAAUUCUUUUUUUAGUCAUGUGGGUUUUAUAUUAUAUAUAUCAACUGUAUUAUAAUUUGAUGUGUUUGACAUUUAGGUGCUGUUAUAAAAAGGAAAAUUGUCUUACUUCUUAUUAAGAACAUGUUAUUGUGAAACAACAAACCUGAAGAAAAAGAAAACAUACCCUUUGAGGAUUAGUGCUUUGUGUUUAAUGUGCGUGAUGCCUGCGUGUAAAGCAUCUAAGAGUCAUUUUCUUACUGUCUAAUAAA